CAAUCGGGUGUGCCUGACCCACCCCUGAAGCCUUGAAGCCUGGAAGCCUGUUUGUUGAGGCUAGAAGUUCUUUCCUCUUUUCUCUCCUGAAACCCAAGACCACCACCGACCGACCGCCCGCUCUGUCUCCUCCCUUCGCCAUACUCAAAUCCCCAUCAUUCUCUCACCUCCAACAAUCCACCCAUUCGAUCACUGACCGAUUUUCUUCUGCUCAUCUUCAUCCUCAUCAUCCAAACAUGCAGCUCAAAUCUCUCCUUGUCGCCCUGGCCCUCAGCCUUUCCAUUCAAGCCUACGAGAUCAAGGGAUACACCGAGAAGGACUGCAAAGGCGACGCCGAUGGCUCCUCCACCGAUGGUACUAACCUAGAAGAGUGCGGCACUCUCGCCAGCUCCAAGUGGAAGUCGAUCAAGGCCACUCCGGGUGACCUGGUGUUGACUGCCUACAAGUCCGCCAAGUGUGCCGGUGAAGGAUACGCCCUGCAGCCCGGCAAGUGCGUCAACGGCGAGUUCACAUCCUACGAGGCCCAAUGGAUCUCCACCAUGCGCAAGCGUAACACCACCGAGAUCAUCGGCGAUUGGGAAGUCGAGGACGAGGAGGCCGAGCCCAACACCUCCCUAUAAACAGGGACAACAUAUGAAUACGCAAUUGAAGUCAUCA